AUGUGCCUCUUUCACCAGUGCGAUCUGCCGCCGCUGCCCGGCACCACCAAGUGCGAGCGCCACAAGCACCGAACGCCGUGCGCGGUGCCUGGCUGCGCCAACCAAGCGUACGCGCGCAGUCGCUGCGUGCGCCAUGGCGGCCAAACGAGCUGCCUCCAAGACGGCUGCAACGCCAACGCCCGCGCCCACGGCUACUGCGCCAAGCACCUCUCGACAGACCACAAGUCGCUCUGCACGGAGCCCGGUUGCGGCAGCUUUGCGCGCACCAAGGGCCGCUGUGUGCGCCACGGCGGCGGCCGACCGUGCUCCGUGUGCGGGUGCAAGUCCCAUGCCCGCAGCGGCGGCUACUGCCACCGCCACGCUGCCCAGCGCACGAUGGCGCCAACGCCGUCCCCAAAACGCCCAAGCCGUUCGACUCGGAUGCACUGCGAAAGCAUGGAGAUCGUCGACGACGACGCGUGGAUGGACGACAGCAUCCUCGAGCUCAUUCUCGCCGUCGCGACUUUUGUCCACCCCGCACCACCGACAUCAAUAGAAAUUUAG